AUGGCCGGAGAAGAACAAGGCAUUUCGAGAAGGAAGAAGUGGUUUUACUUUUUCCAAUACUUUUUCCUGUUUAUACUUUUUGCACAUGGUAUUCGAUCAGGCUUUUUUACACUUUUGAAUAGAAGUCAAUAUAAAUCUGGAGCAACAAAUACAAUGUGCUCUCAAGCAACUCCAGAAUCUGUCAGGGAAAAGUUAAUUAGGACUGGACACAAGUCAUCGGAAACAGAUGCAUUAAUAUCAACAAAGAGUCUUAAUGUUUUUACUAGUAGUGAAUUUAGUAAUUUGAAAAAAGAACAUCAUUUGUGUGAUUAUCCAUCAGAAUUACAAUUUACCAAGGUUAUUUGGUUAUUUACUGAUGGUCUUCCGGUCAAGUAUAGUAAAAAGACAUUUGACCAUUUCAAGGAUCAUAUGGUCCUGUACACAAUUGAUGUUCCAGGUCCAAAAUAUUCCCAUGCCAUUUAUACCAGUUAUAUGACUGGUCAACUGCCAACAAAUUAUCAAGGAAAUCCAAUUGAAGGAGACAGUCUUGUCAAAUCUAUUCAAAGAAGUCCAGAUAUGGGACCAUUAACAUAUGUUGGACCUGAAUGGAGUUUCCUUGCUAUUCACGGAAACAAGCAUUAUGAUAAAUUAUUCAAGAGAAUUGAAUUAAAGGAAGAACCUUUGGAUCAACCUCAUGACCAAGGAUAUAGAUUCUUCUUUGCCAAUGAAGAUGCUAGAAAAUUCUAUAGAGAAACUUUGGACACAAUCAAGGGAGAGGGAGGUUCACUUUUUGCUCACUCUGCAAUUUUUGACCAUAUCAAUCAUGGUGUCUUUAGACACGAUCCAACAAAUUUGGACUAUUUGACCUAUUUAUCUGACAGAAUAGCCUCUGACAUUAACCCUCUUAAGGAUUGGAUUGAUGCAAACCCAGAUUAUUUAUUGAUUUUAUCUUCUGACCACGGUACAGACGAUGUUUCCAAUGGUUACGUAUUGCAUGGUUAUUCUAGAGAUGGAAAUGAAGGUUAUGUCAUGCUCUACAAUCCAAGAUUAAAACCAUACGAUGAAAGAUUGGACAUUGUUGAUGUUUGUCCAACUGUUGCCAAGUAUUUGAAGGGAGUAGAUAUACCUGCUGAUAACAUUGGUGUAUCAAGAGCUUAUUUUGGCGAUGACGAAGAAUCACUCAAGUACAAAUCAUAUGUUUUGAAGGAAAGUUUGGUUCAAUUGACUGAUACUACUACCAGAAGAGGAACUGACUUGCUUAGAUCUGCUUCUUCUAUUUUGAACUUGUUAAAGAUGGAGGCUAGCGACAUGUCAUUCUCUGAAAAGUUCAAGUCAAUUAGAGAUUUUAACACGGAGCUUUCAAAACUUAAUGUUGAAAUGAAGCAAAAGCUCUAUCAAUUGAUGGAUACUCCAGUAUUUUGGGUUGCUUUCUAUGUAGCAUGUACACUGGUUAUGGUUGUGAUUGGCUUGUACCGUUUCAAUUUCCAUGCUAUUCACUUGUUAGCUGAAAACGUUAGAGAAACAGCUCCACAAGAACAAAAGGCCCUUUAUGUUCAAUACUAUACCAUUGCAGGAUUCCACAUUUAUUAUUUAGGAUUUAUCAUUAUGGCCUUCCUCUACUUUGUAUUUGUCUUACUUUUCAAUCCAAAGAGAUUGGAUAGAUUGAUCAUUCCAUCCUUGUUGUAUGCUUUUGCCUUGAUGAGAGAUACACCUUUUGGAAGAGUUGUCACUUUGCUUCAAAAUGUACAAUAUUUUUACCUCCUCGUUCCUGCUUAUAUCUUGAUUAACAAAUACUGCUGCCAAGUUAAGAAGAAAGACAAGGGCUUCAACUCAUCUGGUUCAUCACCACAAUUCGAAGAUGAUGAAACCAAGCAUCACUUCUUUGAUAUUCUUCAAUUAACAAUUAGUCUUUUCUUUAUGAAUCACUUUAUGUAUGGUUUCCACAUUGGAAAAGAAGAAAGAUUGGAUGUUGAUGCUCACCCAAUGGCUGGCGCUGUAGGAACUUACAGAGCUCUCACAGAUACAUCUGAAAUGAAACCAAUUGUUUGUACACACUGCAGACAAGCAGUAUUUUACAAUAUUCUCGAUACUGUACUCAUUGGAUUUGAUAAUUUAAUAUUACACGAGUUCUUGGAGGAUGUUGUACGAUACAUAGCAAGAAUGGAUAUAACCAAAGAAACAAAAGAAACAAAAGAAACCAAACCAUCAACUCAAAAUACAUCAAAAGAGAGAAAGAAUACAGAAGGCUUUGCUUUUAAAUUCACAUCUCCUGAACGUUUCGAUACAUCAGGUUUACCAGCCAGCAAACCAAAGAAGAAUUCUAGCUCAUCAAAAGUUUUCAAUCCAGUUACCACGACAGAAUUACAUGAUGACGAUGAGAGUAUUGACGAUUUACCAUCUCUUAUAGAUGUGCCACCAACCACUGACAAGUCAUUCAUUGUAAACGAUAAGAUUUUCGGUUCAUUCAUGCGUGAUACUUUAUUUUUAAUUGCGGAAUAUUUACCAUAUCGUGAUGCUCUAUCUUGUCGCCUAGUUUGCAAAGAUUGGUACUCUCUCGAUACAUACGAAAUAUUCUGGAAGACAAUUUAUCAUCAAUACAUCAUUUCGAAUAUUAUUGAAAAAUAUCAAAAGAUGAAAGACUACUCUGCUACGACCAGUGCAACUAACAAUAUUCCACUGAGUGAAAUACUCAAUGAUUCGAAACAUUACAAUAGAGAGAAGAAGAAACAAACUGUGAAACUAAUCCAAGGAAUUAACUCAAAUUCUGGACAGAAAAAACUAGUUCCCUUUGUUGUGCAUAGGGCAGUGAUGCAAUCGCUUUUGAAUGCCUAUGAGAAACAUAUAUUGGAGGAUGGUACUGCUGAGAGAGGUUCUAUAAAGGAAAAACUAUUUAGUUUACAACAAAAUGGGGAUAGAAGAUUCAAGUAUUUGAUGGAAAAACAAAUUAAUUCAGAAAUGACUAUUGCUCUAAAUGUAUUCUUUGGAGGUUUGAAGACUAAUUUUCAGUACCAUUCAAAGGAGAUUGUGCUGAAUUUUCUGAUGCAUGUCUUGGGAGAGGAAUAUAUCAGAAAUAUUAGUGUAAUGAAAUUUAUUCCGAAUGUUGAUUUUAAAUUGGUUCUAAAGAAAUUAUUCAGAGGAAUUUCACAAUCGGAAGAGUAUCCUAAAUAUUGGGAAAUAAUGAUAGGAUUAUCAUUGCAGAACUUACCAGAUUUAAUUCCAAAGAAAGAAUGUUCUAAUGUUUUAAAGGGCUUAUUCGAAUCUAGCAAAUUCAAAGCUCAAAUAUCUUGGAUAUCAAUUAUGUUUUCCAACUGUUAUUAUUAUGAGGAUGUAAAUGAGCUAAUGUACGAACUUUUGAAUAGAAAUGGAAUUGAUACUUCUGACACAUUGUCAAUAAGUGAAUAUUUUACAGGAUCCAUUUCAAAAACAUUUUCUUUAUUAUCAGAAUACACUUUUUUCAUCAAAUAUUUACAAUUUUUGGGAAAAUUCCUAGAAGGAGAGAAAAUUUAUGUGCAAGUUACUGAAAGUAGUUACUUUUAUUCGUUAAUUGGACGAUUAUCCAAUGAAGAGAGUACUAGUUUGAAUGAUUUUCUUGAUAAUUUGCCAAUUCCAUUAUUAGAGAUGAUUAAAUUGAGAGGAAUUAACCAAUUCAAUGUCAAUGAACUUAGAUUAUUGGAAUAUGUUAAAGGGAAAGGAAUUUUAUAUUCUCAAUCGGCCAUAGAGAAUUAUUUGGCAAGAUUUUACAUCUAUUCAACACAAUAUGGUCAAGUAAUCAAAUUCUUAAUUGAUAAUUAUCAUGCAGAUAUUUAUGAAAUAGAAAAGAAGGUGAAAUUCUUCCCAAAACUUGUACAAUAUCUAUCGAACAUCUAUAACAAUGUGGGUGUAUAUGUUACAGAGUUUGCAACUUUAUUUUCGGAUAAGCCAAUUGAUUUGGACAAGCUUACCGAGUGCAGUAUUGGAGAUCUUAUUUUAAAAAACUGGAAAAAUCCAACAGAAUUUGUACAAUUUUGCAAGAAACGUUUCAUUCAGAAUAUUUUCUAUUUGCCAACAGUUUGCCGUAUUCUGUCACAAGCAAUACUCGAAUAUUACGAUAAUAAGUUAGAGCUUAAGAGGGCUAUCUAUGAAGCAGCCAUGUUUAAUGAAAAUCUAACGCUCUCUAAUUACGUUUCCCAAUUACUUGAGGAAGAACCUGAAUUAUUGCAAGAAACCACACUUCAAUUCAAUAAUUAUCCUCAAACAGAUCCAAAGUUUGCCAUUUCAGUCUAUCUAUUUUGUAAUGAGAAAUAA